UCAAAACUAUUCUCCUGUAAUGUCGCCCACUGAUUUUCUUGGUUUAAACCCGAGUGGUCCAACAACUAUUAAAUGCACUGAUAGCUUACCUGCAGGGCUAUAUCCUAUGCCAAGGUGCAUAACAAAUGUAAUUUGUAAAUAUAAUGUCCCACCUUAUGAUGUUAACGCAUUGUCAAGUUAUCGUUCAUUGAGGCGAACUAGCCAUUUCGCUACAUUAUUUGGUCAAUAUAUUUCGUUUGAUAUUACGAUUUCAAAGAACACGAAUCCAACAUAUCCAAU